AGUCUUCGAUUUCAUUUCCGUUUUUAGGAGGUUACCUUCGACGUUUUUUUGCGAAUCAAAAGCACUAUGACCAGUUGCGAAGAAUCGAAAGAGGAAAACGUCGAAGCAAAGAUUGAGAACAAAUCUACCUCGAAAACUUUUGAGGAAAGACGAAAAGAGUGCGAAUACGAGUUCUAUAAGAACCAACGGCUGGUUUUAUUAAACCUUCCUAAAAAUGUAACGCCAGAUGCCAUUAGAAAAUUUGUGAAGAGCGAUAAAAUUGAACAUAUACAUAUCAAUAAGAAACGCUUAAAAUCUAUAAUUACGCUCUCAGAUGGCUACUUGGCUGAUCAGUUCGCCAAAGAACUCAACGAGACAGAAUUGGAGGGACAUAAAAUAACCGCUUGUGUCUCACAACCCGAUAAUACCUUAUGCAUAAGUGGUCUUCCUCUCUCAAUGGAUAGUGAAAAGUUACGGAGAGAGUUAAAACAUUACGGACGCCUAGAGAAAUGUUUUGUUCUACCUGAUGAGCAAUUCGGAAAUCGGGGUCUAGCAGUUAUACAAUUUGGUCUCAAUUUAGAAAAAACGUCGAAUGUGAAAUUUGUAAUGAGCAAAGUCGUAUUCGACAAAAUGAGAAUCUCGUGUGACUUUCUUCCGUAUGAAGUAGCGAAAUUUGAACAACUUAAUUCAUGUGUAAUUUUAUUGAAGAAUCUACCCAGCGAUUUCAAAGAGAGAAAGGCUUUGGAAGAAGAGGCUAGAACAAUGGGAGAGCCUAUUUACUGUCAGUUGGGAAUGAAUGAGGGAAAACCCUUAGGUUUCGCUGUCAUUGAAUAUUCAGUAAGUUCAGAUGCUCUUGCUGCAUGGCGUAAAUUCCACGAAACUAAGCUAUUCGGCGAUAAAUCGAAAACAACAGUCCAUCUUGCUAUUCCCGGUAAAACCGGUCCUCAGAUCUUCAAUAGUCAGAUAGUAAUACGUUUACGCCCUGUUAACAACGGCAUUCUUCCUGAGCCAAGAUCUUUGGAACGCGAACGCAGACCUUCCGACGACUUCUUCAGGGAAAGAGUCAAUCGUGCAUUCAACGAAUUGGCCGACCGGGAACGUUUCUAUGAAGAUUCCCGAGGUCGAUUGGAUGAUAAUUUUCAAGGUAGAAGAGCUUCUGCUUAUGAGGUGGACGACAGAUUCGGUGGAGCAAGUCUUAUGCGAGAGAGAACUUCUUUGGAGCAGAUGGCAGAUCAUAGACGUAUUUGGCAAGAUCCCCCCCUUAUGAGCACUCAGAAUGUGAAACCUUUGAUGGAUUUUAGUCAAAUACGCAGACCAGGGCCGGGUGACUUGAAAGAAUCUUUUCCAACUGAUGAACGAGUUUCGAGUAUCUUUGAGGAUCGAAGAGAAACAGCUCAUAGGAGAAUGUUUGAAUUUUUUGAUGACGGUGAAUGUUCUCGAUCUCCCACAAGUCGAACUGCCGUACCCACAGAUCCUAACUUUGUAGCAGAGGAUGCUAGAUCAGGAACCGCUGAAUGUAACAAUUUUAGAGGCGAUAGGCAUAACGAUGCACCAGAUCAAAGAUCUAGAGAGAGAGAUGCCAAUUUAUUGGGUGGUUCUAGAUCUGACCUUUUAAGGGGUGAGGGCAUAAGUAAGACAUGGCAGGAAUGGCCAACUCCAGCAAUGGCUACAAAAUAUUCAACGGAAGAUUACAUAGAUCCCAAGGUAAAUAUGGAAGAUGUUCCUCACGUUGAAAAACCGGCAGAUUUCGUUGAUAGCGAUGUAGCCCGAAGAAAAUGGGAGGAAGACAAUAAACGCUUCCUUGAACAAUGGAACAAGGGAUCUCAAAAACCCCUUAACCCUAAGCCACUUGUUGAUAGAUUUCCGGAAAAAGAUGGACAACCCGACAUUCACCGAAAUAUGGACAAGGAUGAAGAAAUAGAUAAUUUAUUGGGAAACCUAAAGAACGCCUUACAUAAUGAGAAAGAAAAGUCAAAGUUAAUGAAUCUCCUGCAGUCAUUUUCUUCUUCUAGUGACAAAAGAGAGUUGGACAAGGAUGAACCAAGAGCCUUCUCUUCUAAUUUUUAUCAACAGGAUUCAACAAAAGCUGUAAAACGCGAUAGCGAAGGGCAUUUUGUACAGCAGGGUUACAGACCGAAAAGCUCCCUCCAAUCUUUUCUUCCUACGCAAGAACCUGUACCAGAGACUGGGUAUAUUGGGCAGCAUUCACAAGGAAUAGGUGGACAUUACGAAGAUACAUUUAAAAGGCGACGUCUUUAGAACAUCAUUCCUUUGUGGUUAACUAUCUGUCCCUCCAUACCCCCACCAGUCUUUGACAAAAUCUUUGUUUACUCUUUGUCUGUUCUAAAUGUUUUUUCAACUGUUAUUAAAAAGUCGUUUAUUUGGAGUUUUAGACAACGGUUCGUACGUUAAAAAUGUUUGUAAAAUAAAAAAAGGCGCUCUUCAUGUUAGUAAAAUAUUUCUUUACUUGUCAGCAACUUGAACAACAAUUAUUAUUGUCGCCGUAAGAGAAGCUAAAACAAUCAGCACUUGAGCACAGCUCUUCACAAAUUUGACCUGAAAUAUAAAUUAUUGAUUUAAAUGUGCAUAAAUAUGAUUUGUAGCUUCUUACCGCAAAAUGGCUUUUUUUCUCUUCAUUGUUAGACUGACCAGCAGGUUGUAAUGCAUAUGUAUUGGAUUUUUUUAUCUCUGCAUCACUGACGCAAAGUGGAACAAAGUCAAGUAUUAAACCGACAAAAAUUAUGAAAAAGAAAAAUCCGACGGCGACCCAAGAAACCCAUGAUUCAAGAGCAACUCUGUCCAGUCGAAGUCCAAUAACAAUAUUGAUAAUUCCAAGAAUCAGUGCUGACAGACCAACUAUUCUGUGGCACCAAUUGAAAAUGGGACGCUUUGAGUGAGUUGGUGCAGGGCGAAAAAUUGCCAUUAUAGG